GGGAGAAGGCCCGGCGGACGCCCCUUCUUCGACCGUGCCUACCCAUUCCCCGCUCCCUUUGACGGCGAGUCUUCGGGGAGAUGGACUUACCCUUGGAGGACCCUCCUGCCCAGCCUCUGUCACAGCUGCCACAGCCGCCCACACCAGCCCACGUGUGUGAACUGCGCACCGCCGUGUCGUGCUUCGCCGAGGAGACGGUCUCCCUGCUCUCAGCCAACGGCCUCUUCAGCCACUCCCUACUCAGGACAGCCGGCAACAUGGGGGCACGCCAAAGGGAGCAGGGGGGUGCCUCGACCAUGGCCCGCCGUAAGCGGGAAUUCACCCCAGAUGAGAAGAAAGAUGAAGGCUACUGGGAUAAGCGGAAGAAAAACAAUGAGGCAGCGAAGCGCUCCCGGGAGAAGCGGCGUGUCAGUGACAUGGCCCUGGAGGGGCGAGUGCUGGCCCUGCUUGAGGAGAAUGCCCGCCUCAAGGCAGAGCUCUUGGCCCUCAAAUUCCGCUUUGGCUUGAUUCGGGAUCCGGCUGAUCCUUCCCGGCCUGGGGUGCCUCUUGCCACCGAGCUCCAUCGGCCCACCGCUGCAGCUCCGCCCUGUCCGGCGGCUCCUGAGCCAGCACGCUACACUUGCUCCUUCCACCCAGAGCCACCUGCCAGCUCUGAGGAUUCUGGGUUCUCCACCCCGGGCAGCUCCAACAUGGGCAGCCCUGUCUUCUUUGAGGAGCGUGACAGGCCGGAGGAAGGAAUCAUCUAUGAUGGGCACUGCCUCCCUACCGAUGCCCCUAGUGAAGGAGCCGAGCUGGGCCGAGUUGGCCCCUACGACUCUGGAGAGAGCGUCAAAGGCCUCCCUCACAAAUUGCGCUUCAAAAUGGCUGUGGGGGCAGAGGAGAUGGCUGGGGAGCCACCUGGACAUUACCCCCCAUCGCCACCGGUGGGAAGCUGGAGGGGGCCAGCCGUGAGAGAGGAGCCACGGCAUGUGGGACUGCCUGCAGGGGCCAUGGCUUUUGAGAGCUGCUGUGAAGCAGAUGCCUCCACCGGUGCCCAGCUGCCUGGGGCCGAGUACCAGACUGAAAACAGUACUUUGCGGAGUCAGCUAGCCUCACUUUCAGCUGAAGUGGCCCAGCUGAAGAAGCUCUUCUCUGAGCAGAUCCUGAUCAAGAUGAACUGAAAUGCAGGGGGGUAGGGUGGGGUGGGAGGCAAUGCAGAGGGUUGGUAUCAUAGGGGUUUCUUUCCCUUUCAACUAUCAGAGCCCCAUAUCAUAUACAAAAUCUGGCCCUGUGGGGUUAGUUUGCUUCUUUUAGGAUUAAUACAAACCCCUCCUCUAGAACAUGUAACCCUUGGUGUAAUUACCCUGUCCUAGUAGCUUUCAAACUUUGUGUAUUGAGAGGAGCUUUUUGACAUGAACUUCUGCCCUGCAAAAACCUUGCAAAUGUUCAGAAGAUUCUGAGCGGCUACCUCUUUCAUGAACCCUUAAUUAAUUCUGUUGUGUGGCAAAUGUGGCUAAGAAUAACACUGUAGGGGUGGACGGGUGGUGGGCAACUUUUCCUGAAGGGACUGUUGUCUGCCACAGCUCCUCUGUCCACUGAGGCCUCCUCCAAUAAUCUUCUGAGGAUCCCCAGAACAGAAUUGGGCGACUGCUUUCCCUGUUCUAACCUAGCACAGUCGAGCCCAACCCACUUGGCUAAGUUCUUUCCUCGCCGACUGGAUGAACAGGUUCGGGCUGCCCUCUUCCAGUACCUGGAGCACAGUUUCUGUCCUCAGUCACAACAGGGGUGUCCCAGCUCCCUGACCCAGCUCUCCCCACUGCAUUCCUGUGCUGUUUUACUAGGUUGGACUGUUGAAGUUGACUAGAUGGAGCACGCCGAUGCUUGUCCGAGGGUAUUUAGACAGUCCUUUCCCCAUUUGCCAAGCCACUGUCAUGGUGGGCAAAAUCAUGGAAACAAGCUGGCGUAUGGGAACAGAGACAAGACACAGAGUUGGGCGCCAGGCACCACUGCCUUUCUCACCCCUGCACUGUCCCCUCAUGGCCAUGCCGCCCUCCUCAGUGCUUCAUUUCUGGGCCUCAGAUCUGUCCAGAACUCAACUUUGCUGGCUGUCCUUGAGGUCUGGAAACUUGCUAUGAGUGUGCUGUCUUGGAGGGAAGGCAGGCCACAUAUGCUUCUAAGUACUCUCCUCUCUAUGAGUGUUUGAUUAUGUGGAAUCUUGGCAUUGAAAAUGUUAGAGCUAUCCGUUGAAGAGCUGCUAGUUGGUGAAUUGCCUACCUUUUAACCAAAUACGUUCAUUGACUUAAAUAAACGUGUGCAUAGCCGUACGUCCUCUGUUCAGAUUCCCUCUUGCAGUGAAUGCCAUCUUGUAAUAAACAAAGGUUACCAUGUGGUUAAAAGAAA